AUGUCUGCCCUGACGCCGCCGACUGACAUGCCCACCCCCACCACCGACAAGAUCACACAGGCUGCCAUGGAGACCAUCUACUUGUGCAAGUUCCGGGUGUCCAUGGACGGGGAGUGGCUCUGCCUCCGAGAGCUGGAUGACAUCUCGCUCACCCCCGACCCAGAGCCUACCCAUGAAGACUCUUGGGAGGAUUUGACAGAUUUGGUGGAGCAAAUGCGUGAUGAUACAGAAGAUCCUAAUUAUCUCAUGGCCAACGAGCGCAUGAACCUGAUGAACAUGGCCAAGCUGAGCAUCAAGGGCUUGAUUGAGUCGGCGCUGAACCUGGGGAGGACCCUGGACUCUGACUACGCACCUCUGCAGCAGUUCUUUGUGGUGAUGGAGCACUGUCUGAAACAUGGCUUGAAAGCUAAGAAAACUUUUCUUGGACAAAAUAAAUCCUUCUGGGGGCCUCUAGAACUGGUAGAAAAGCUUGUUCCAGAAGCUGCAGAGAUAACAGCGAGUGUUAAAGAUCUUCCAGGACUUAAGACGCCAGUAGGCAGAGGAAGAGCCUGGCUUCGUUUGGCAUUAAUGCAAAAGAAACUCUCAGAAUAUAUGAAAGCUUUGAUCAAUAAGAAAGAACUUCUCAGUGAAUUCUAUGAACCCAAUGCUCUCAUGAUGGAAGAAGAAGGAGCCAUCAUUGCUGGGCUGUUGGUAGGUCUGAAUGUCAUUGAUGCCAACUUCUGUAUGAAAGGAGAAGAUCUGGACUCUCAGGUUGGAGUUAUAGAUUUUUCAAUGUAUCUCAAGGAUGGAAACAGCAGUAAAGGGAGUGAAGGAGAUGGUCAGAUUACUGCAAUUCUGGACCAGAAGAACUAUGUAGAAGAACUCAACAGACACCUGAAUGCUACUGUAAAUAACCUCCAGGCAAAAGUGGAUGCAUUAGAAAAAUCCAACACUAAACUGACAGAGGAGCUUGCAGUUGCAAACAACAGGAUUAUUACCUUGCAAGAAGAAAUGGAACGAGUUAAGGAGGAAAGUUCCUACAUACUGGAAUCCAAUCGAAAGGGUCCGAAGCAAGACAGAAUGCCAGAAGGCCAAGCACUGAGUGAAGCAAGGAAGCAUUUGAAGGAGGAGACCCAGUUGCGACUGGAUGUUGAAAAAGAACUGGAGUUCCAGAUCAGCAUGAGACAAGAGAUGGAACUAGCUAUGAAAAUGCUGGAGAAGGAUGUCUGUGAGAAGCAGGACGCCCUGGUGUCUCUGCGGCAGCAGCUGGAUGACCUCAGGGCUCUCAAGCAUGAACUUGCCUUUAAGCUGCAGAGUUCGGACUUAGGAGUAAAACAGAAAAGUGAACUAAAUAGUCGCUUGGAGGAAAAGACUAAUCAGAUGGCUGCUACCAUUAAACAGCUGGAACAAAGUGAGAAGGAUUUGGUGAAACAGGCAAAGACCUUAAAUAGUGCAGCAAAUAAGCUGAUCCCAAAACAUCAUUAGGAAAGGUGCCGUUGGUCACCUUGCAAGUCAAUACCACAUCUAACUUGCAAAAGGAAGAAAUCUGAAAGUUACUGUGUUUAGGCUUUUAUUCUUUACAAAACGUUACCAAAACUUGACUUAGAAUUUGUCUGACUUUUAAAAAAACACUUGGAUAUAUAGGUUGAGUUAUUUUCUUAUUAUUUUUUCCCCAGAGUUAGAAAAUGGUAUAAGUUUUUCCCCAGAGUUAGAAAAAUGGUAUAAGUUCCUAACUAAAUGCUAAAUAAACUGGGAAAUUACUUCUGAGUUGACCAAUAAAUUAAGACAUCAUUAAAAAACAAAGUGUAGGGAAUUGAAGCUCUGUAUAUACAUUCAUGAUGCCUUUCCAAGCCAGUCCUAGGGAUGUGGGUGUGCGUGUCCGUGUCAGCGAGCCUGUGCUGCUCGCAGUGUGAUGAGUGGGAGGGGCCACAGGUGAGCUGCCCCUGCUCUAAAGUCGCUCCCAUCGCAAGGCUGUGACCCCUUUUUACUUGGGUUACAGAUUUAGUCCCUAAGCCCACGAGUGCUUACUACUUCAUUGUGGUCCUGUCUCAUAACCAAGACUGCUUACAACUGUUUAGCUUAGUGACUUCAAAAAACAACUAAAAAACGGCACCUACAUUUCUUUAAAGUACUCAGAGAUGAAGUUAGUGAUUAGCCUGUGAUAACAUAAUAACAUGGAAGAUUGGGGACCCUCCUAAGACUUGUCAUCUCCUGCCUUUGCCAUUUCCUGCAGUUCUACUUCCGACCUAGCUCAGAGAGACUAAUUUUAAUAACAGCACUCCUCUCCUGUAGAAAACACAUCACACGGUUUCACACCUACCCAGCUUUUCCUAUUGGAGCAGAGGACAAGGUGCAGGUGUCAGUGGCGACUCCCUGUCCAUCAGUCCUUACUGACAAGCAUUUAGUUAAGCGUUUCUGUUACUUUUUGUUUAGAUGAGGAUUUGCUAAAGUUCCUGGAAAAUGAAUAAUUUCAUAAUUGGAAGAAUAUUUCAGCAUAGAAAAUAGAUACAUGAUAAACUUUUAUUCUUUGUUAUCAUUUAGUAUGAAAAUAAAGAUUUUCAGUAGAUAACCCACAAGCAAUAUUAGCAGGGCUGCUUUUUCUAAGUGACCACAUACCUAACCCUUUCUAGGCUUUACAUUGUAAAUAAUCCUAUAAAUACUUUGAUAUUUUAGGAUGACUUUUUUUGACAGGCUUCACAUAAGCCUUUAUUCCUUCAAAAGGUCUUGGCAAAAUAUUUGGGUUUUUCUUUUUUCUCAUUCUGGUAUGCUUUGCAGCAUUUCAGCUGCUGAGGUUGGGGCAAAGAUGACCCAUUUGCUUCCACCUUCUUUGCCUUUUUGGCAAAACCAGAAUUAAGAGAGUAAGUUAGAACUCUUGUGUGCUUGCGUUGGUCCCUGUACAGACUUGAAUCAAAAUCAAGUCAAAUAACAUACAUUUAGAACCACUUUGUGGAAGAUCUGUGUUCCUGAACUUGCUUUAGUUCUUACAAUUUUGCACCUAUAUAAAGGAAGCUCUUAGUAUAUAUUCCUACCUUCAUCAGCCUUUUGUGGUAAUGAGUCGCCUUUGCUAUGAGCAUUUGGAAGGAGUGAUCAAACACCAAAAUAAAACUUUUUGAAGACUACAUUAUAGUUCUAAAUUCUAUUAUAUAAAGUCCCAAAUGCUUUACCUUCUAAAACACGUGGUUUUAUAGGUGCAGAAGUGUAAGAUGUUUAGAAGGAAGCGUCCAUCAGAUCUCCCAGAGAGUGUGGUCAGGAGUCUUACACAGGCCCAGUGCUGAGUUCUCUGUCCUCACAGCCAGACCCACUUGGUGUUAGAGGGAUGGAAAGGAAAGAGGCAGCCAAACUCUUGACAGAAUGUUUUCAUUAUAGAAUAACCCAAAGCCUGGGUACAGGCUGAUGUAUAAAGUUUGGUGGUUGGAUAUGUAUGGUGUGGAGAAAGGGCAAGAGAAACACUAUAAUUCAACGUAUAAGAAAGUAGUUAUCUAUUUGCAAGUUCCAGUUAUGUUUGUUAAAGGGAAAUAAAAAGUACCAAACCUAUUAGGAAAUAAAAACACAAAAAUGGAUUUAAUCUAAAUUAUUGUGUACUUGAGGUUGGCUUUGGAUAUGGAUUUUCUGAAGUGAUGUUUUAUUGUUUAUCAUCUGAUGGCUGUAAACUGUAGCACUAGAAUAAAAAAAAGUGGAAAUCAGUUUUCCUCUGCCUGGUUCACCUUCAUCUUGUUUUUCUUUAGAAUUUGUUUCUUCUCCAUCUUUUUCCCCUAUGAUUUCUUCCCCUUUGUCCUUCAACGUUUUUUUCCUUGCUCAGUCUCUCUGCGCCUUCUUCCUUGGGUUACUUUAUUUUGUGUUGUGAACUUGGUCUUCCCCCCCACGUGGCUUUUGUUUUUUAUCACAAGUUCAUGUG